AUGUCUCUUGUUGCUGAUUACAGCUCGGACGCUUCGAGUAGCGACGAAGAAAUUAUAACAACUGCGGAAAUUCCAAAAAAGAAACAGAAAAUAAGCACUUCUAGUAGUUUAUUUGCGCUUUUGCCGGCGCCAAAAAAGGAACAGAAGCCAAUCACUAAUACAAAAAAUGAGAAUGAAGAUGCAAACACGAUCACAGAAUCAUUUUUUCCGCUAGGGCCUGAAAUAACAAACAUAAAAUCAGCAGCUUCUAUCACUACUGGAGACAAUGUUGGUUCCUAUGCAAUUGCAGGUGCUUCGAACGUAACUGACUUUUCUCUUCCCACAGAAGAAUAUACAUACGAUGAAUAUUAUAAUAAUGGUCAAUGGCAAGAAAACGCAAAUUCUUAUAUAGAAUACCAAGGAAUAUAUGAUGAAUCACAACAGCAAAUAGAAAGCGAGCAAGCACAACCGAAUUGGGAACUGGAUGACGAAAUGUUUCAGAAGCUAGGUGGUAGAAGAGGAAAAAGGGAGGGACCAAUUAAAAUUAAAGAAAUUAACGCGGCCGACCAAAUGGCUGAUUCGUGGCAAUCUCAAGUUGCUAAUUUGUCAAAACCAACCAGAGGAUCAAGCGAAGGAUCUGCGCGUCUAAAACCUACUAGAGGUCAGAAAAGAAAACAUAACCUAAUGUAUUUAGCAUUUCAUGCAACUGCAAUGGAAAAUGAAUUGAAAGAACAACAUGCAUCAAAUAGGAAAACCAAGAGAGAAACACAAGCAAAAUAUG